AUGGACUACGCGACCGACGAGCAACAAGCCGACUUGGCAACUCUCAACUUCAAUCUCAACGUCGACUUCUCGAAACUUUUCAACUGGAAUGUCAAACAACUCUUCGUCUAUCUUGUCGCCGAAUACAAGACGCCAGUUAAUGAAGUGAACCAAGUCGUGCUGUGGGAUCGAAUCGUCGAACGAUCGGAGCGUGUUGUGAUGGAUGAGAUCGGAAUAAAACCAAAAUACUACUUUUUGGAUGACGGAAGCAAUUUGUUGAAACACGAGAAUUUCACUUUCGUUUUGAGAUACAACGUCAUCCUAAACGCCGGAUACCUCCGUCUCGUCCAAUCGUCCGAUCAAAUUGUCGUCCCAUUCCCAUCCACCUACAGUACUACUAGACGAUCAUAA